CAACCACGAUGCCUUUUCCUCCAUUGAUAUUAAUAUUAUAUUAUACUCCUACUAUUCAACUAAGAUGAUCCAAUAAUAGUCCCUGUACUAUAGUCUACAUCUGAUAAGAUUAUAUUGUGUCUUUCCAUGCGAUAUGUUGACAAAUGCAGCAUGUGUCGGCAAAAUUCAACUCCAAAUUUCCCUGUUGUUCAAGAUUGAGUUCUGAGUAUAUCGAACAAAGGGAUAUUGAAGCCCACUAACUGGCCAUACUGAAGCAGCUAUCUAAGACUGAUACCAGAAGCAAAAGCUCCAAGAAAAGAUUGACUUAUUCAUAAGAUUAGAAGGGCUUCGUCUUUGCGGUGGUGGUGUUGCUUUUUCACUUGAGGGCUCUAAGGAGGAAGAAACAUGUGCAAUUGAUAUCUAAUACUAGUUAGCUAUGGAGAAAAAAAUAGCCAUCAUUGGAGCUGGUAUAAGUGGUCUUCUUGCCUGUAAGUACGUUUUGUCAAAAGGUCUCCAUCCUAUUGUUUUUGAGGCCCGAAGUAGCGUUGGAGGAGUAUGGAUCAAAACUGUAGAGACAACAAAAUUACAAACUCCUAAACCAGCAUAUCAGUUCUCUGAUUUUCCGUGGCCCUCUUCAGUCACUGAAGAGUUCCCUAAUCAACAUCAAGUCCUUGAUUAUAUUCAAUCUUAUGCGAAUCAUUUUGACUUGCUUAAGCACAUCAAAUUCAAUACCAAGGUUGUUGGCAUUGAAUACGAAGGUGCUUCCGAUGAAGAGAUUCGAUCUUGGAGUUUAUGGAAUGGCAAUGGUGCGCCCUUUAGCUCUCGAGGGAAAUGGAAGGUUGCAGCAGAGGACAUCCAAAGCCAUUCAACCGAGGUUUACCAAGUGGACUUUGUAAUUCUCUGCGUAGGGCGAUUUUGUGAUGUUCCAAACAUCCCAGAAUUCCCUCCAAACAAGGGUCCAGAAGUAUUUCAUGGCAAGGUGAUACACUCUAUGGAAUAUGCCGACAUGGAUUACAAAGGUGCUGGCGAGUUUGUGAAAGGGAAGCGAGUUACUGUGGUUGGGUUCCAAAAAUCAGCAAUGGACAUUGCAAUGGAGUGCACUGCAGCAAAUGGGGUGGAAUUUCCAUGUACCAUAAUGUACAAGACUGAACACUGGAAUGUCCCUGAUUACCUUCCCUGGGGGGUCCCUUUGGGAUACUUUUAUCUGAACAGGUUCUCGGAGUUUUUGAUUCAUAAACCUGGAGAAGGAAUUUUACUGAGCCUCUUGGCAACAAUGUUUUCACCACUGAGAUGGGCAUUUUCAAAAUUUGUUGAAAGUCAUAUCAAGCACAAGCUUCCAUUAGCAAAGUACAAAAUGGUUCCCAAACACAGUUUCCUCAAGCAACUGAAUACAUGUUUGGUUGCAACGGUGCCAGAAAAGUUCUAUGACAAAGUUGAUGAGGGCAGUAUCAUUUUGAAGAAAUCUCAAAGCUUCAGCUUUUGUGAGGAGGGAAUUUUAAUCAACGGAGAGACAACACCUCUGAAGACAGAUAUAGUCAUAUUGGCUACAGGAUUCAGGGGUGAUAAAAAGCUCAAAGACAUUUUUGUCUCCCAAAACUUUCAAGACUACAUUUUAGGCUCUCCUAGGGAAGCAGUUCCACUUUACAGGGAAAUCGUUCAUCCCCGAAUUCCUCAACUGGCAGUAAUUGGAUUCUCAGAAAGUCUUUCAAACUUGUAUACCUCAGAGGUGAGAUGCAGGUGGCUCACAGAACUUCUUGAUGGAACAUUCAAUUUACCUAGCAUAAAAGAGAUGGAAAAGGAUAUAAAGAAAUGGGAUGAAUUCAAGAAGCAAUCCUCUGGGGAAUACUACAGAAGAUCAUGCAUAGGUGUGCUUCAUAUAUGGUACAAUGAUCAACUGUGCAAGGACAUGGGAUGGAACCCCAAGAGGAAGAAAGGAUUUUUUGCUGAACUAUUUGAGCCUUAUGGACCAUCGGAUUAUGUCCCAUCUUCAAGAAGCAAUUAAACAAUGUGUCACUGCAAAAUGUUUAUGUUGGAUUGACCAGUUCUUCAAAAAAAAAAAAAUUGUCUUGUUUUGUGGAUUCAAAAGGGUUGUGCUAUAAAUAUUUGAUGUUUGUGUCUUGAUGAAGCUACAUGUAAAGCAGCAGCAAAAUCAAUGAAGAUUGCUAUUAUGUUCUGGAAAA